AUGUUUUGGGGACUUAUUAUGGAACCUAAUAAACGGUACACCCAAGUGGUGGAAAAGCCUUUCCAUAUUUCACAAGCAGCAAUGGACAUAUCCACAGGUGACAAUGACCCAUGCCAGGUGAUGGUAGUGGUUGAUGGCAAAAAUUUCCUUGUUUGCACACUACAAAAGAACAAAUGCAUUCAAGUGCCAUUAGACUUAUAUUUUAAAGCUGGAGACUCUAUAUCUUUCUUGACUAAUGGUAAGUGCAAUGUCCACUUAACUGGAUACUUGGAUCCUGAAUUUGAAGAGGAACCGUCUGAUGAUGAAGAAGCUGAGGAAGAAGAGGAGGAAGCACCAGCUCUUGUUCCAGCAAAGAAUAAACGUAAACUUGAGAACAGUACUGAGUCUACGACAAAUAAGAAGGCCAAGCAAGCCAAAAAGGUUGCAAAGAAAGAUGCUGCUGCUGCUGACAGUUCAGACUCUGAUGAUGAAGGAGAUGACCUCCAAAAGUUCCUAGACGGGGAGGACAUGGAUACAGAUGAUAAUGAUGAUUCUUUUAAAGUAAACACGUCUGCUGAAGGUGAUGAUAGUGAUGAAGAGGACUCAGAUGAAGAUGAAGAAGAAGAGGAGGAGGAGGAGGAAGAUGAGGAUAAAGAGGAAGCGGACACUUCACAAGAAGUGGACACCACUCUUGACACAAGCAAAGAAGACAGUAAAGUUGACAUGUCCAAACUGACCAAGUCACAAAAGAAGAGACUUAAGAAGAAACUGCAGCAGCAAAAGAAAGAUCAGCCACAAGUAAAUGGAGUUGACAAACCCAAGAAAGAGAAACAAGAGGGACAACAAAAGGCAGAAAAGAAGAAGCCUGAGGCCAAAAAGGAAGCUCAAGAGGAAAAAGCUGAUAAGAAGGAAAAGAAAACAUUAAGUGGUGGUGUUGCAAUUGAAGAUUUGAAAGUGGGCUCUGGACCUGUUGCCAAGCCUGGUAAAGUUGUUAUGGUUUAUUAUGAAGGUCGCCUGAAGCAGAACAACAAGAUGUUUGAUAACUGUGUAAAAGGUCCUGGAUUCAAAUUCAGGCUUGGUUCCAAGGAAGUGAUCAGUGGAUGGGAUGUAGGUGUAGCGGGCAUGAAGGUUGGAGGAAAGAGGAAGAUUAUUUGCCCACCCGCUAUGGCGUAUGGUGCUAAGGGCUCACCUCCAGUUAUCCCACCAAAUUCGACAUUGGUAUUCGAAGUGGAGUUGAAGAAUGUAAAA